AUGGCUCACUCAAAUGCUUGGUCUACCAAAAACAACCCUCCAUCUGUCAAAAGGUUCACUUCCUCGAAUUAACUACACCGGAUUCGAAAGAAUUACUCACUAACAUGUAAAUUUUCUGAAAGCAGCUCUCGUCCUAAGUCUUCUAAUAAAGACAAAGUAAAAACUUCAAGAACAAAAUCCAACUUGCCUGGUCAUCAAACAGAAGAUACUUCUCCUUCGCUACCUCAAGAUUGCGAUUAUUCGUUUGAAAGAACGUCAGAGUAUGCUGCAAACCCUAUCGAUCCUAACCCCGAGUACAAGUAUUGGUCGGCAAAGGAGAGCAUGGAUGCCCAUAGGGCCGAAAUGAGAAUGUACCUCGCAAGCUAUGAUGUUACUUGGAGCCACGCCUCGCAAUAACCAGAUAUGGUGCCACUAGUACUUGGACACUGGGAAGAGGCGUAAGAGUUGAAAUAUGUGUGUGUUUCCUGUUUACAGUCCCAGAAAAUACAACGUCACUGACAAACUCAGAAAGGACGGUCGACUUGUUAACCUAUUGGACACCGUUCGUCCCUUGGUUAGUACGUUUCGGAUCGGAGUAUUACGAUAACACACUUGGCCCACAUGGCUGCCAUGUUUUUUAUGUUGCUUGCAGAAGAUUAUCGGACAGGAUUGCGCCACGUUUUAUCCCUACAUUGCGCCCGAACAAUACGAAUACCACACACAUGAAACCUCCGUCGAGGAUGUUAACCAAUCAUGCUUGACCCUUGAGCUAUUUGUAACGCCAGUUAUGCAUAUUGCUAUGGUUAACACGGAGGCUGACUACACUCCGGAAAACAACUUUUCGCCGCAAUGGAUCCGCGACUGCUGCCUCCCAAAUUUUCACGUAGCACGAAAAGCAUGUUUGAGCCCUGAAAGCAAUGCCGCAUAUGACUCUGCAUAA